UGGCAGCACUGAUACUAAGUGUUGGUUCUUUUUUGUGCUGGUUUACUACACAAAAGUGCUACUUGCUUGUCGCUCUGACAGUUAAUAAAUUCAAGAAAUUUAUUAUCCAACAGCGUGUCUACGGUUCGGUUCAGUGCGUUGAGUGAAAGGAACACAAUUCGCAUCCUGGUGACUCCGAAACCAAGAGUGGACAAUCUUACUUGCGUUUGCCUGUGUAGUGGUGUGUUUCGCGUGUGCGUGUGUGUUGGUUUGGUGCUGUCGUCGUAGCAGAAGAAGAAGCAGAAACAGCAGCAGAAAAGGAGCAGCAGCAGCAGCGUAGAAGAAGAAGCGGAGGGAGUCCAGGCAUUCGCCGGAUUGGGAAAAGAACUGUAAACCAAGAGCUUCAGAGCUCACCGCGGAGAAAGCAGAAGAUUAAGAAGGCAAAACAGAGAAUGCAACAGCAACCGGAGUCGGGUGGUGAGGAGAGCUGGCUGGAGGAGCAAUGUCAUCGUGAAAUCCACGGGCAAUACGAUGAGUACGAACGGGAAUAUGUGCGUCAGCGAGACAACAACCUGAGCACCGUAUGGGGAGCAUUCCAGGAUUCGGCCACAGCCGUUGCCCAGCUUUAUAGAGAGCGCUCAUCGAACACAUUUUCCUCAUCAGACACAGGCGCCCUUUGGCUGCCCUUCCAAACCGCAGCUGGCACUGUGACAACUCUCUACAAAGAAUCAUGUGAUGGUCUCAAACGCACCAGCGACGCUGCCGUUCAGUGCGGCUACCAAAGACGUACUCGGGAGUUGGCCGAUUGGGCGCGCAGCAAAAAACGCCGCAUGAUCCGCCGAGAGGAUCUAUUGGCCUAUUUGGCCGGGAAACCUCUACCGCCAUCCAAUACAAAUCCACAUGCCAAUCGUCGGUCACCCAAGCCGGAGCAUCAUCAGAGCGGUAGUGGUGGCUCUGGACUCGGAUUUCACAGCUCCGCGCUGGGCUUGAACAGUGGUCCGCCAUCUGUCGCUGGCGGUGUUGGUCACUUGCUUUCCGCCGGCGCAGGUGGCGGCGGUCAGGCGGGAGCGGGCGGAGCCACCGGCGGUGGAAUAGGGGAUGAUUUGCACACCUUUAAGGAGGCCUUGGUUCUGCGUCCACGUGGUCCGGAACUAUUUGCAUUUGUUGCCAACGAAAUAGCGCGCCAUUGCAAGCGUCCGGGCAGUCCCAUCGACGACAAAAUGGAUAUAUGUCAUUAUAGCAGUAAGCGCCAGCGCUUUAUGUAAUCCCGUUCAUACCCCGCCCUCAUCCGUGGACCCCACGCACACACCACACAGUAAGCCAACAAAAUUACAACACACACACACACAGACACAAAGGAUCUUUCCUUCGGGAAUUAGAUGAUAUGGAAGUUGAGUGAACGCGAAGAGAUCCUUGUGGGGGAAACUAAACAACAAAUUGUAUAUUAUAUUGUAUUCUUUAAUUAUUCCGUUUACACUUUUUUUUUGUAUCCUCCAAGUUAGUUAUUAUAUUUGUUUCCCCUCCCGUUCACUCCUUUCACAUGCAGCAUAUGUACGUAAAACACAAACACAUACAUAUAUAAGGUUAAGUUACAUUUAGUUCGUAGCACUUAAGUAACAAAUUAUGAAUUGAUGCCCUUAAUGAUGAUAUGAUGUUGAUGUUGAUGUCUUGAAGAUAAUACCCAAAGAGUGGGCAAUAUCUCGCCAACUGUUGAUCAUAAUUAUCAUUGUCAUCAUAAGCGGCAGCGUAACGACAAAAAAAAAGAUAAAAAAGGAUAUAUCUGUUAUAGGCCAGCUGUGCGUCUGACUUAAGAUUAAGCGACGGAGUAAUAGUGAAUGUGUUGUAAAAUGCAUAACCCCCCCUAAGCUAGGCAAACCCCACAAAUAUGCAGCUGUGUAAAUAACAAAACUAAAAACAAAAACAACAAACAAAAUAAAACAAAGGAGAACUAAAAACAAAUCACGAAGCCCAAGACA